CUAAGGUAAAAAUAAAUGAAAAUAAAAAAUCUCAAGGAAGAGAAUUGUCUAAUCUGAGCUUCUUAUGUUAACGUGCGCUGGGCUCCUUCCUCACUUCUUCACAUCCUUUUUUCCUGUAUAAUUUAGGGUUUCUUUUGGCGGAUACCCAUGUUUUGAAUUCGUUAAUUAGAAACCCCGUUUAUUCAAUUACGAAAUGGCCAUUUUAUGGAGAAUUCAUUAUAGUGCUGGGUUGGCUCUUUUUCUUCUUUUGGGGAAGCUAACGUGCGCCGACCUCGUUACGGCUUCAUCACCACCAGUUUGCCCCUUAGAAUCCUUCAAAGACUCCAUCUUGGGGUUCCAUGAUUCCACCUGUUCAGUCAGUGGGAUCCGAUCUUUUUAUACCGCUGGUGUAAUUGAGGGGGAUGAGGUCACAUUGCAGAAGGCACUGCACGUGGUUCACAAAAAUACAAAUGAUUAUGUUGCUCUUCUCUUUUAUGCAUCAUGGUGUCCUUUCUCUGGGACAUUUAGGCCAAGCUUCUCCGCCUUGUCAUCCCUUUUUCCUUCUAUUCCUCAUUUUGCUAUUGAAGAAUCAGCUGUUAGGCCAAGCAUCUUAUCAAAGUAUGGAGUUCUUGGGUUACCUACUUUGUUUCUCUUGAACUCCACCAUGCGCGUGCGGUAUCAUGGUUCUCGAACCCUUGAUUCUCUUAUCUCCUUCUAUAGCAAUGUUACUGGCACGAAGAUGGCAUCAGUUGAUGGAGUGUGUUUGGACAAGAUUGGAUGCUCUCUAUAUCAAGAGGAGCACAAAAGUGACAAGGAAAUUUGUCCAUUUCCUUGGGCUAGAUUCCCUGUAAAUUUGCUUCAGCAGGAGACGUGUCUGGCCCUGGCCAUUCUAUUUGUGAUUUUGAGAUUAGUCUAUUUCUUCUUCCCAUCUGUGCAAGGAUGUACUCAAUUAUCUUGGAGGAGGUGUGUUGUAAAAUUGAGGAGUUUGUGGAAGCAUCCCGUGAUGUACCUCAACCGAGCAAUUCCGUUGUACAAUUCCCUAGAAGAGCCUUGCAAGAAAAGCAAUUUGCACGAAGGAGCUAAGAACGCCUAAGUAUGGGCAUCCAAGUCUUUAGCUUCUGUUUCAUUUCGUGAUGCAAGCUCAAGCCGUGAUUUGUCAGUAAGUUCUGCCAACUAACAUUGUUUUGUUUCCAUUUUGGCUCCCUGGAACAUGAUAGCAGCUACUUCAACUAUAUGUAUGUAAGGUUACGGCAGCAUCACCAAAUGUUGGUCAGAGUUUAUUCUUUUGGAAUUUCUUGCUGCCCAUAUCUUAAGAUUUGGCAAAGAAUGCUCUAUGAAUUGCCAUUGUAAUAAUUAGCUCAAUUUCAAUGUAAUUUAGAUUAGAAUUUGUUUUGACCAUCCGAAAACCGAAAGUAACAGUGGGUUUAAAUCUAUGUACAGCUCAAGUUCAUUCU